AAGGGUGUCUUAGCAGGAGGAAAGAGGGUGUGUAGCUUGUGUGUAUGCGUUACCUGCCUCUCUACACCUUCAGAUCUGCAGCAGAGGAAGGGGAAGCAUUUUCUCCUUGAUUCCCAAGACUCCUCGGAGGGAUUCCAGGCUGUGCCAGACGUUGAGCCCAGGACAGGAUGUUCACAUGGUAGGUGCUUAGCCAAGAAACAAGAUGAGCGCCACGUCGUGGUUCCUGGUGAGCAGCUCGGGCACUCGCCACCGGCUGCCUCGGGAGAUGAUCUUCGUUGGCCGAGAGGAUUGCGAGCUCAUGCUCCAGUCCCGCAGUGUGGAUAAACAGCACGCCGUCAUCAACUUUGACAACGAAAAGGACGAGCAUCGCGUGAAGGACCUCGGGAGCCUGAAUGGAACAUUUGUAAAUGACGUGAGGAUACCAGACCAGAGAUACAUAACCCUUAAACUCAAUGAUGUCAUCCGCUUUGGCUACGAUUUUAAUAUGUACGUGUUGGAACAGAUUCAGCAUAAGGUCCCAGAGGAGGCAUUAAAGCAUGAGAAAUACACCAGCCAACUUCAAAUGAGUUUAAAGACACCAAUAACCUCAAGGCCGGAGCAAAACAAGGAACCACCACCCCAUGUGGACUCCAUGCUAGGGAAACAGGAAAAGGCUGACAAGAAAGCGCCCAGUGGUGAACCUUCGAUUUAUCGCACACCACUAUAUGGUCAGCCAUCUUGGUGGGGAGAUGAUGACGCUAAUAACAAGCAUGAGAAAUCUGAAGAUCAACAGAAAGAAAUGUCCCAACAUGACGAAGAAAUGAACGGUAACUUAGGAUACAAAGAUUCUGCUGACCAAUCGCUUUACUCAUUCCGAAGAGAACCAAGCUACUUCGAAAUUCCUACGAAAGACUUUCAGCAACCAGCCAAAUCUCCAGAGACUCAAGUCCAUGAAAUCCCUACUAAAGACACAGACACCACUACUCCCCCCGUGGUGCAGAGCCAUGCCUCUUUCACCAUUGAGUUUGAUGACUGUCGACCCGGCAGAAUAAAGAUUAAGGACCACGUCACAAAGUUCUCAAUGAGACAGAAGAAGCCAGGGUUAAAGGAAACCGGCCCAAAUGAAAUGAUGUCUGUUGAAAAUAAAGUAGCUGACUGGUUGGUUCAGAAUGACCCAAGUUUAAUUAGAAGGGCAACUCCUGGAGAUGAUGUUUACAGUACGAAGAGUGACCUUGCCAUCCACAUUAGCAAUCUCAAAGGUAACCGACAUGAAGAUGGCACUCAGAGCGAUUCGGAAGAUCCAGCAGGACCUGUUCCAGAAAAGGAGAAUGCAGAGACUGAUCAGGCCAAGCUUCAACGGCAAAUAAAGCGAGAGCCUGAAGAACUGCUGCACAAUCAGCAAGCAUUCGUGAUAGAAUUCUUCGAUGACGAUGCACCUCGAAAAAAGAGGUCUCAGUCCUUCACACACAGUGCAAAUGGCUCUCAAAAUGAGGCUGAACUUGCCAACAAAGGCAAAAAUGACAAAAAGAAAAGCGUCCUAACUGCAGAAAAGCUGACCACUAAUGGGACAACCACAGCCCCUGUAGUUCCAAAACCACUGGUAAACUCUUCAUUUCCUCAAAGGUCCAAUUCUUUUCGGAGAGAAAAGGGUGAGGAUCGAGUAAAUACUACUGGCCCUGUAACUGCAAAGCCUCCAGUGAAGAGUUUUGGUAGCAUUGGGAAGAAAUCCAAGCUUGCUCAGGAAUUUGUGGAAGAGUAUUUGCGGGAACAAGCGGAGGUCUUAAAAGAUUCGAUGGAAAAACCUAUGAUGUUGCCAUUGUCAACAAUCAUCACACCACCAGUCAGCCAUCAAGUACAGUCUUCCUUAAUGGGGCCAUCAGCUCCACCAUCUGCGACAGAACCGUCUGAAUGUAGACCAGUGAGUGUAAAGAAAACAGAAGAGGAGGACAGCCUGAGUGAUGCGGGGACGUAUACUAUCGAAACAGACAAUCAAGAUAAAGAAGUUGAAGAAGCUAGGAAGAUGAUAGACCAGGUUUUUGGAGUCUUUGAACCUGAGGAGUAUUCCAAAAUUUCUUCUGUGAUUUACAGACCAGUCAUCAAACUAGAGAAGGAAGAAGCCUUUCUUAAUGAAAACAGUAUGAUUCACAAACCUGCAAGUCUGCCAACAAGUCAUUCUGUCAAAAUGAAUAGUGAUCUUCAACCUGAUGUCCAGAGUGGAAAAUCGCCUGGCUCCAGUAGAAGUGGACAAAAAUGGGUUUCUAGGUGGGCAAGUCUUGCUGACAGCUAUCCAGAUGCCUCACCGACGUCUCCAUUAGAUGGUCAGAUGAUUGGAUUACUGGCAAAUGAGGAUAUUGACCAUUCCGAAAAUAGCGAAGGAGAUCCUGCAUUCCCUUUAAGGACAAGGCGGCUUCUUCCUCAACUUCCACCAAAUGACAAAUCUGAAAGUCCAACACCAACUAUUUUUCUCUGUACUGAGUCUUACUCGGAAGUUGCUCAGAAAACAUUGAUUGAAAACGAAGUGAAAACGGUCUCCUCAGGUCCAAACAGUCUGCUCUUUAUACAAGAAGAUUUGGAUCCGGACAGCCUUAGCGACACAAGCAAGUCUGAUGAUGGUGUCCUGUCUAGCAGAAAAUCUAACCAACUUCCAACAACUAAGUGGAGGAGAGAGGACCCCAGAAGUCAAGAACAAAGUGUCCAAAGAACAAAUAAACUUUCUAAUGAACCAAAGUCUACUAGCUUUUAUGUUGGAAAUGAAAUUGAGGUUGAAAGUUUAUCCCAUGCCAAUUCCAUGUUAUCCAAUGUAGAGAUGCACAAACCAUACAAAGCUCAUGAUAUGCACGUAAAGCCAAAAGGAAACCAACAAACCGUGCAAGAAGCCUCAAUUAUUACAAAAAUAGACAAUCAGUUGUUGAAAAAAGAAAAUGGACAAAGCAGAGAUUCGUUUGUUAGGCAAGAAAGUUUUACCAAAGACAAAUCCAGCUGCAACAUCUCUUCCAACAAACUUCCCAACAUCUCAACCCACCCAUUGCUUAAAGAUAUGAAUGUUACAAAGCCGAGCACCGACUACAGUCGAGAGACGCAGCAGAUUCUUAAAGAAACUGAAAAUGCCUUGGCUGCUCUUGAAGCGAAGCUCUUCUCUCAGAAUCAUGUAGAUGAUGAUAUAGAAAAUACGCCUUGUCCUCCAGAUGAUUCCUUGUCCGGAGAUUCAGAUGUGGAUACGGCAAGCACAGUCAGUUUGGUUAGUGACAAGAAUGUACCAAGUCAUCCUCAAAAGGGCAGGGUUGUGGGUCUUCACAAAGAAAAGUCUUCUUCUACAUCUUCCAUACAAGAUCAAUACGGCCAGCCAAGUGCCAGAGACAGACUCUCAGAAAAAAGGAGAAUGGGUCCUGCAGAUGGAGGUAGCAGAAAAGAAGUAACCAAAAGGUUUGAAAUGAAGCGCAGUACUGGAACGCGUGGUUCCUUGGAUUUCACAGAUGAAGAAAGAAGUACUAGUCUUCCUUACAUAUCCAUUCCAGACACCGUAUCUUCAGAUUAUGAAAAUUCCUCCUCAAGAAAUCUGUCAAGAAGGAGACCCUUUGCUCAAUCGACCAAAGAGGAUAUAAGUCGAAUAUCUUCAAAUGCACAGAAAAUCCAGCAAGCUCUUACCCGUUCAAAUAGCCUAUCAACACCCAGGCCGACCAGGGCAUCUAAGUUACGUCGUGCUCGUCUUGGAGAAGCAUCUGACAAUGAAAGUGCAGACGCAGAAAGACUGAAUGUUAGUUCUGAAGCUUCUUCGUCAGCUAAAAGCAGCAGUGAGUCAAAAAAGCUCUCCCGGCUUGAUAUUCUGGCAAUGCCGAGAAAACGGACUGGCUCAUUCAAUGUUCCGAGUGACUCCGAGACUUACACUCCGCGUACUGGGUUUUCAGGCCGUAGUGUUGAUCACAGCUAUACAAAUCGAAAGCCAGCAAUGGCAGAAGCUAAACAGCCUGUUAAAAAACCAGUGGUGCCUACACCCAAACAACCACUAACUAGGGCACGAUCUGGUAGUGUGAAGUACUCUUCUUCUUCCUCUUCAAGACGGAGACAGCAGGGUUCAGAUUAUAUUUCCACAUCUGAGGAGGAAUACGGCUCUAAUCACAGUACUCCUAAACACAAACGAUCCCAUACUUCAACAGCCACACAGACUCCCAGGACACCUAAUGUGCCGGUCCGCCCACGGCAGAGCACCCUUCAGGAUGAUGAUGACGAUGACCAAGAGGUCUACAAUAACUUCAUGGCCCAGUCAGAAGAAAUAGCUGAAAUUGCCAGAUUGAGUCAAACCCUGGUAAAUGAUGUGGCCAGUUUAGCUAAAGAGAUACAUGAUGUGGCCGGAGAUGGGGAUUCUCAGAGCUCUUCAGGAACAGGGAACAGUACCUCUAUAAGUUCUAUACCAAACACGCCAGGGCCAAUCAUAUCUGCAAGAGAAGAGAUUCUUAAAAGAACCUCACAAAGGCCAUACCCAUCACAGCUAGUUCAUCAUAUACCAGAGGCAAGUCUAAAUUAUCAAAAAGUCCCACCAGGCUCCACUGGAUUGAAAGACUUUGAUCAAAGCGUGAACGACUAUCGUGAUGAAGAUCCCAUGAAAAGAAGGGCUAGAAACCGAGAAGAGGUGAUAUUUGACAACCUCAUGCUGAAUCCUGUGUCACAGCUAUCACAUACAAUAUGUUCCAAUACCGAAAUACUCACUGAAAAAAUGAAAGUUCUAUUUUUGAACAAAGAGAAAAGUUGGGAAGAAAUCGAAGCAAAAAUGAACUCUGAAAAUGAAGUGCCAAUACUGAAAACGUCCAACAAGGAAAUCAGUUCUAUUCUGAAAGUUUUGAGAAGAGUUCAGAAACAACUGGAAGUUAUAAAUGCAAUUGUUGACCCAGCCGGACACUUCGAGGUUAUCCCUACUAACAAGAAAAUCCCACCUGUCACUCAAACGUCAGCACCUCAGGCUAGGACUAAUAGCACUGUUUCAAAAAUAGAGACGCGUCAACCGGUCCGCCUAAGAAAUUACAUGCAAAAGUCCAGCUCGGGCUCUUCACGAUCACCGGAAUCCAGCUUUGGUAGAGAUGAAGAAGAUGCUUAUGUUUGAUUUUUUUUACUUUUUUUUAUAUAUUAUUUAUUUCAUUUUUUUUUUUAUAUAUAUAAAUAGCUCCUUAUUGUAACAGUUUAUGUGGCUUCUGGUUAUGGUAUUCUAAGUCCGCGUGCUUGUCUUCAGGACUUUCUGUUCUCACAAAUGCACAAAGUCUGUGUUUUGCAAAUGAAUGUUAAAAUUUUCUCCGAAACUUGCACCGUUGACCAGCUCAUGCUCCUCGCAGAAGCAAAUUUACUUGAAGAUUAUUUUUUAGCGUAGAAAUUGAUUUUGGUUUAAAAAAAAAGUGCCAUAAAUUCAAGACCUGCAUAUUGUAAAUUGUUCACGCUGACGUAUAUAUUUCUUGUACGUAGAUUGCACUUAACGACAAAAAAAAAAAAUGUUUUCCUGGUUAUGUCUGUAAUUUAAAAACUAUAUUAGAGUUAGGUCAAACUAGUACCAAGACGCUCAUGUGACUGGUCUUUUGCCAAAAUGCAUUACCAUAUUACAUUUUUGUAAUGUACGAAGCCCAACAUUUUUUUUUCCAGUAUUUUUAUUUUAUUUUGGUAGUUUAUUUUUUAUUUUUUUUUACUUUUCGUGAUUCUCAGAUACAUUUUAGACAUUCCCAUUGCAUCAGUGGUGCUGUCUGUAUUUUGUCUGCCAUUCAACCAAUCACAGGACCUGUUAGGCGGAAUGCUUAAGAUUUUAAGUCUUCCAGAUAAGGUUUGUUCCCAUCAGCUGGAACACCCUAAUAUAUUGUAAAUGGCAUAGACUGUACUCAUCCUUUUUUUUUUUUUUUUUCUUCUUUCUCGUUUAUUUAAAUUACAUAUUUGAUGUUAGAACAGUUAUCCAUUUCUUUAAAAAAAUAUGUCCAUUGUCACGCACAGUAUCAGGAUUGAGAUAAGGAAGAACACUAACUGAAAGGGUUUGAGAAACCGUUAUUUAAGGAGUCUGGGAUAAAAAAAAAAAAAACAGAACAAAAAAAAAAAAUGGGUCAAAGAGGGAUAUUGCAUAAAAUUCAAAAAAAAUAAAA